CCAACCUCAUCUCGCCCCACCUCGUCCACCUCGCCGACCCGCCCCAGCACACCGUCGACGCCCGCCUCGUAGAGCUCCUCGCAGACGACAUGGUCCGCGCACUGCGCGAGUCGGCCGCCGCGGCGCGCACUCGCAGGGCGAGGGACCACCGCGCCGUCGAGGAGGAGCUCGAGGCGCUCGGUCUCGCAGGUACACCAUCGGCAGGCGCAGUGGCAGAGCCGGCGGCCGGUCGAGACGUGCAGGUGGGUGCGGCCGGCGAAGGGCUUGCGCGCGAGGCCGAGGCGGACGAGGCCGUGUUUUCGAGGCUCGACGACCUCGGGUUCCGCGUUGGGUGGGCCACAGCAGAACGCCUCGCUCGCGACCGACCGCGCUUCCCCUCGCUCGCCCAGACGACCCCCGCCGCGUCGCACCCCUCGUCCGCGUCCGGCACGCCCUCGCACACCCCUCUGCCGUCGCUUUCCGGCGCCGGCCCUUCGUCGCCCGAGACGCUCGAGGUCGUCAAGUUUGUGUGCAAGGACGUGUGGACCGCGCUGUAUGACAAGCAGGUCGACAACCUGCGCACCAACCACCGCGGCGUCUACGUCCUCCUCGACCAGAGCCUGCGCAGCUUGAGGGCGCUCAGUGCGCCCGAGGGUAAGGACGAGGAGCGCGAGACGGCACGAUGGGUCAAGGCGGUCCUCGCCUUCCCGAGCGGAAUCAUUCGCGGCGCCUUGUCCAACCUCGGCGUGCACGCGACCGUGACGGGCGAGUCGGCCGGCCUCCCUCAAGCCUCGUUCCAGAUCAAGACGAGCCGGCCUGGAGGACUGUAGACGAGCCGUGCAAGGCGACUUUUCUACGAGCG